GCACUCCCCUGAAGGUCAGCGCCUGUCGGCUCCCGCCCGCCUCUGCCCUCCGGGUCCGCGUCCGGCUCCCGCGGCGCCGCGACUCCUGCCUCGCACCCCCUCCCUCCGUGGCCGCGGCUCCCCCCUCCCCAGAACGGAAGGUCUCCGGCACCUCGGAGGGGGACGCAGGAGGGGGAGGGAGGGGGCAGCCGCGGAGCGGGAGGCGGAGAACCCUUAGCCUGGCUGCCCCGACACGGCCCGCGGCUGGCAGGGACCAGAGCGCCCGCCUGCGCGCCCCUCCCCGGAGCCCCCCUCCCGGCCGCGCGCCGGCGGCGGUGAAGUCUCCGAAAACGCGAAGGGGCACUGCGGGGUUUAUUUCCCUUUGUGCCGCGGGCGGGGCCGCAUCGGGGCGGCGGGGCUGGCGGCCGGGGACGGGGGCUCCCGCGGAGCAGAGGCCAGCGCCGCAGAAGGCACACCGCGUCGGGGUCAAGGUCCCGGCGGCCCAACUUUGGGCGGGGCGCGCGCCCCGGGGGAGCCCGCCCGCUGCGCCGCGAACCCAGGCGUCCCGUCUGAGCGGGCUGGGGCGUCCGCAGGCGGCGCUUUCCUCGACCCCUGGACCCCGGGGAGGGAUCCCGGCGCUUCCCGGGCGCCUGGUGGCCGAGGUGCUCGCGGGGACCUCGCCGCCCGCAGGAGCUCCACGCGUUCCCGCGGAUGCCCCUCGCCUUGGCCGGACGACCUCGCGCUCGGCGUUCGGGGCCCUACGGAGCACCCCCUUCCCGCCGGCCUUCCAGAACCGGGCUCAGUAGCCAGGUGUUGGGGUGACGCGGGCCCAAAUGGCCAAGUGGCUACGGGACUACCUGAGCUUUGGCGGUCGGAGGCCCCCUCCGCAGCCACCCACUCCCGACUACACGGAAAGCGACAUCCUGCGGGCCUACCUGGAACAGAAGAAUCUGGACUUCGAGGACCCUUAUGAGGAUGCGGACAGCCGCCUGGAGCCAGACCCUGCGGGCCCCAGGGACUCCAAGUACGAUUCCCCCAAGCACCGGCUCAUCAAGGUGGAGGCAGCCGACAUGGCCGAGGUGGCCAGAGCCAAGGUCUUGCUGGGCAGUGCAGGGGCGGAGUCAGAAGUUGACACCGAGUACUCGGACCCCUUUGAUGCCCAGCCUCAUCCGCCACCCCCAGAUGAUGGCUACAUGGAACCCUAUGAUGCCCAGCGGGUCGUGAGUGAACUGCCUUGUAGGGCAGUGCAGCUGUAUGACACUCCCUAUGAGGAGCAGGAUGGGGAGCCAGGAGACAGGCUUUUUUCAGGGCAAAGGCCUGGACAGAGCCGGCAGCCCCAGGAAGAUGAAAGGCCAGCGGAUGAGUAUGAUCAGCCCUGGGAGUGGAAGAAAGACCACAUCUCCAAGGCAUUUGCAGUGCAGUUUGACAGUCCCGAGUGGGAAAGGACCCCAGGCUCGGCCAAGGAGCUCCGGAAACCCCCACCCAGAAGCCCCCAUCUCGCAGAGCGUGUGGACCCUGCCCUGCCCCUGGAGAAACAGCCGUGGUUUCACGGGCCUCUGAGCCGGGCAGACGCCGAGAACCUCCUCUUGCUCUGCAAGGAAGGCAGCUACCUGGUGCGGCUCAGCGAGACCAGCCCCCAAGACUGCUCCCUGUCCCUCAGGGCCUCCACCAGCCUAGAAGGCAUUCCUGCUCCGGAGCAAGCCAACGCCUUGGCACCAACUGGCUGUUUAACAGAAAUACCUGGGGACACCAGUGCCCGGGUUCCAGGAGCAGUGAUGGGGCGGCCUCAGGGCUGGAGAGCCUGCUGGGGGCUGGGGUGCUCAAGGCCCCCCGUGAUGCUGUUCCCCAGAAGCAGCCAGGGCUUCCUGCACCUGAAGUUUGCGUGGACACGAGAGAACCAGUUGGUGCUGGGCCAGCACAGCGGCCCCUUCGCCAGUGUGCCCGAGCUGGUGCUCCACUACAGCUCGCGCCCGCUGCCCGUGCAGGGCGCCGAGCACCUGGCCCUGCUGUACCCGGUGGUCACGCAGAGCCCCUGCCCCGGGGCCUCUGCCCCCGGCCCUGCUCCGUGAGGCUGAUUCGCUCCAGCCCUGGAGGAGGCCAGAGGGAAAGGUUCCUGCUCCUCCAGGCUCUCCGGCUGCAUCGGGCCUGCCCUCUCAGCCCCCUUCCGGGUCCUGGGGCCCAAGAUUGUAAGAAAGUCCUCCUCUGAUCCAGAAAAUAAAUAAGUUAUUGUGUG